UUAGGCAACCAGCUGUUAAGUACGAUAGCCGAUAACAAUAGGGGCGUCCAUACACAACCGAUUGGCGGAGUAUACAACUUUUUUCCACCCGGCCACGUUGGUUUCCACCCACAUCAAGAUUUCCUCCCAACAGCGUCUGCUCGAGUGCUUCAGGAUGACUUUGGUGGGCCUAGCUGCCCGCAAAUUGGCGCAGAAGAAAAGAUCCGCCAAGCAAGCAGCCGACUUUCCCAACGGCAUCCGGUGCCAGAAGUGCCUGCAGAUCGGACACUGGAGCUAUGAGUGCAAGGAGAAGCGCAAGUACGUCCACCGGAGCUCGCGUACCAAGCAGCUAAGCAAGCAUAUGUCCCAAAAGGAGGCUGAUGCACCCAAGAAACAGGUGGAAGAGCACGCAGAAGUGGUUUCCUCGGAAGGAAAGAAGGUCCGUCGCCAGCGGAAACCGAGCAAGAGCUCCUCGUCCUCCUCCAGCUCGUCGGACAGCUCAGACAGCAGCAGCGAAUCGGACUCGUCAUCCGAAUCCGACUCGAGCAGCUCCAGUUCGGACUCGGAGGACGAGGAUGGCGGCUCGUCGGGCUCCAGUGGCAGUGGCUCAGACAGCGAUAGCAGCGAGGAUCAAAAGCAGGGAGCGCCCCAAAAGAAGAAAAAACGAGCAGAGAGUUCAGCUGAAUCUUCUGACGACCAGGAGUAAUCGAGAGACCGAUUUGUGGUCUGUAGCAUGUAGCUUUACUAGUUUAGUUAUUCCCACAUUUAAACCGAAUAUGAACAUACUUUUUGUACUA